CGUCUUCGGUCGUCUCCGGCUUUCUAAGGGGCGAUUCCCGUCAUCUUCGGGAGCGGUGGAAAUACGAACUUAGGAAAUGCCCCUUCUGUUAAUUUACUUAGAAACAGAACGAAAAGUCCGGAACAACUUCUGGGCCGUUUAAUUCAGAGCUUCUAAUUUUUACGUGGGGGGACAAUGCGAACGUGCUUUGACCUUUAACCCUCGGCCGGCGUGGUGGAGGGGAACGCCUCCGUCUCUAUAUAAGGAGUUUUCCAGCCUGGUUGCGCCCUUUUUCUCUCUUAGCGCCGGGCGCUAACUCUUUGCACUCUUUCAUUCCGCUGCUGUCCGGCUCUCGGUAUAGCCAGCAUUAUGGGUUUCGGAGACCUGAAAAGCCCCGCCGGCCUCCAGGUGCUCAACGAUUACCUGGCGGACAAGAGCUACAUUGAGGGGUAUGUGCCAUCACAAGCAGAUGUGGCAGUGUUUGAAGCAGUCUCCGGUCCCCCACCUGCCGACUUGUGUCACGCCUUACGUUGGUAUAAUCACAUCAAGUCUUAUGAAAAGGAAAAGGCCAGCCUGCCAGGAGUGAAGAAAGCUUUGGGCAAGUACGGCCCUGCUGAUGUGGAAGACACUACAGGAAAUGGAGGGACAGAUAGUAAAGAUGACGAUGACAUUGAUCUCUUUGGAUCUGAUGAUGAAGAGGAAAGUGAAGAAGCAAAAAGACUACGGGAAGAACGUCUUGCACAGUAUGAAUCAAAGAAAGCCAAAAAACCUGCUCUUGUUGCCAAGUCUUCCAUUUUAUUAGAUGUGAAACCUUGGGAUGAUGAGACAGAUAUGGCAAAAUUAGAGGAGUGUGUCAGAAGCAUUCAAGCAGACGGCUUGGUCUGGGGAUCCUCUAAACUAGUUCCAGUGGGAUAUGGAAUUAAAAAACUUCAAAUACAGUGUGUAGUUGAAGAUGACAAAGUAGGAACUGAUAUGCUGGAGGAACGGAUCACUGCUUUUGAGGAUUAUGUGCAGUCUAUGGACGUGGCUGCUUUCAACAAGAUCUGAGAUCCAUCUGCACUUAAAAUAAAAGCUUGAAAGAUAA